UGGGGAGGUACAUUUUCAUCUGGUUGUCUCUGUCUCUGCCUCUGUUUCCUCGAACAAAAAUCAUCGACAACUCCACGAAUAUCAGCUAAGGCUGAUUAAAAAAUUCCCCAUCAGACAGAAGCCAGAGAAACUAAGUUCUUGUUCUUGGCAUCAGAGUUCAGAGCAUCCAUUUAAUGUGGAACCUUUGUUUGGCAUAGUCAGAGGCAUUGGUUCGAAUCCGAUUGAUUUUUACUGAUAGUGUGUAAAUCGAAUAGAGUGAAUUUGAAAUUAGAAGUGUGUGCCAAAUUUUGAUGUGAAGAAUCUGACAUUUUGACGAUUAAGUUUUUCGUUUUACAAACUUAACUUUUGUUUUGCAAACUUAAAGGCGAUUUUUCAACUUUGACGUUAAUGAAGUUUUAAACAAAAAUAUACUUUAUUUAUAAUAACUACCCGGAUAAACGUUUUUGACAAGAGUUUAUACCAGACAACACAGAGCUUAUAAAGAUUUAAUCGGGUCUAUAUAGUCACCAUCACCAUUUGCAAUUUAAGAAAAAAAGAGAAAGACUGAAACCUUUUGAUCCCGGCGUAUACGCACAAUAAACUUCUAUCAGCACGCAAUCAUGAGGAAAUCAAUUGGAUUUUUAUUCGUUGCACUAAUUGGAUUUGGAUUAAUAGAAUUGGCUCCAGCCAAAGAUGUCAUGAACGAUCAGCUUCUGUCGCUUGUGCGAUCGUACAAUCAAUUGGAGAACAAACUUGAACGCCACGAAUAUCGAGAACGAGCUUUGGGUGAACUUAUCAAAAAGGGCAUACAAUCACUUCAAAUUGGCCAAAAAUCCAUGGAACCAAUGAAAGGAAUUUUUAGCCGUCUAGAUGAACGCGUGAGCCAAAUAGAAACUCUUUUGAUGGCUCAAGAGCAAAAGUAUAGUCUACAAUCCGAAAAGAUCGAUGAAAUCAUAAAGCUCCUAAAAUGGAUGGAUGAGAAUAACAGCAAAAAGAACAGCGGUUCCAAUAAUGUUGUGGUUAAGGAGCCUGUUAUAGUUGAGGCUCCAGCCAACUUGGAAAUGCUUAAAGAAGUUCGAACUUUAUCUAUGGGCGUUCAAAAACUAUUAGAAAUGUCCAAUUCUUUGAUGCAUCAAACUGAGGACAUUGCUAGUCAAAGUCCAAAAACUGCUGAGCUUAUUGACCGACUUGGUAACAAAUUGACCAAUCUUUAUGCUCAACCUUCAGCCACAACUCAAGCUCCAAUUAUUAUUGAUAACUCCGAAUUCGAGAGCAAAGUAAUGGAAUCAUUUAAGAACAUUGCAUCGAAUAUAACCGAACUGAAGGCAUUCCAACCAAACCAGGCAGUUUCUGGUCCAUCAACUGGACUUCUACAAGCUGAUAAGGACUUUAUUCAAAGUCUGACAAAUGAGACUUUGAAUGCUCUGGAAAAUCUUAAGGUUGACACAUUGAGUGCAUCAGACAAAGCUUUGGCUAAGAGCUCAUCGAACAUUAAGGAAUCUGAAGCAAACGUCGAUGGUAGCGUGAAAAAAUUGAGUGAAAACAUGGCCAACACCAACGAGGUUCUGGAGAAAUUCUAUCAAGAAUUGAACGCAACAAACACUGCAUUAGCCGGUGCCCUUGAAAAUGUCAACAAAGUACUCAUGUCAAACUCAGAUGAGAUUUUGAAGACUCAACAAAAGGUUGAAUUCGGAACACAUCAAAUUGGCCAGAAGGUAGCUGAUACUUUGGCAGAACAACACCUUGACUUGCAACAAGUCAUGCUGAAACGUUUUGAUGGCGUCGAUGAAUCAAUUGCUAACAACCAUCUUCAAUCUCUUUUGAACAUCAGUUCAACUAUGGAAUCGGAGUUGAGUCAAGUUUGGCAGCAAAUUGAAAUCAUGCACAGUGAGAUGUCUGACAGCAAGGAUGCAAUGAAUAAGCUCACCGGUCAGACUGAAGUCUAUGUAAAUGGCACAUUUGCCACAAUGGACGGCAUGGAAGGAAAAGUCUCUCAGAUCACAAGUCGUAUGAUGGAAGUUGAUUCGAAUUUAAAUUAUCUACUUGGACGUCUGUCUCUGAUCACACAAGAAUUCAAUCAGAUCAAAACUGGUCUGGGCGAUGCUCUCGAACAGAUUCGUGGAAGUUUUCAUGAGAUAAGCGAAAAAGUCACCAACACAGGUCCUGGACCUCAUAAUAUCCCAAGAAACGAAUACGAAACUGAUAUUAAUUUACUUUCAAAACGAAAUGCUUCAUAAGAUUAAGAAAGUAUGAGGUUUUAAGUAAAGUUACAAGAAAAAAACACACAAAAGAGUAUUUGAGAGCAACUUCAAAAAUGCCUCAACGAAAAGGCGAUAGUGGUUUUCAAUAUCAUUUAUUUUUAUAAUUACAGAAAAAAACAUUAAAAUCUAACUUCAAGAUAAUAAUAAUCGAAUAAUAAUUACGAACGUCUUAUUAAGAGCUUCUUUUUUAAAUACCCACAUUAUUGUAAGAAACUUGGAUUUGAGUGUGCCAUAUAACAAAUAAUUAAAAAUAAAUAUUUUAUCAUAUUUUAUUAUACUAGAAUUUGUAAACACAAUAAACAAAAACAAGUCAUAAA